AUGUCUCCACCAGUCAUUCAGUACGUUGUUCCCAAGGAACCCACUAUACUUGCAGGUCGUGAAUCCGUUGAUCUUCCAGGUUACGACCUAUGGCUGCACUUUGUGGACAAUGUCCAUGCAUUCGAUGGGUCCAUUGAUAUCAAGCGUUUUCACGACGCCCUAGCAAGCACUUUGCAAAUGUACCCUCAUGCCGCGGGAAAACUGUGCACAACUGGCGGUCGUUGGUUUAUCCAGUUGACAAAUUCUGGACUGGCUGUUGAGGCUGUGGAUCGCAAAAAAGAGUUGUCCACCUCUUUUAUUCAAGGAGACUGGGUCAUUCAGGACGACCUUUCACCCUUGCUCAGCCAACCACCGCCAGAUGCUACCAUCGUCAAUGGUAGUGCUUCCCUGGUUCGUUUCAAGAUAACAGCGUUCAAAGAUAGAACAAUUCUUGCAGUAUCUUGGCACCACACUCUCGGAGAUGCGGUGGCGCUUUUUCGGUUCAUGAAAACAUUGUCUCUGUUCUACCAAGGUGCCGAUCCAGAUUUUUCUCCUCCAACUUUCGACAAACAUCAGUACCGGACACCGGAGCCAUCUACGUCCUCGGACUUUCUUCAACUGAUACCUCAUUUGUGGUUCUCUUACCCUUUCGAUGAGCUGCAGGUCAAAUAUGCUGAGGCCUGUGAGGACCUGGAAAAUCUAAGAUGGAGAUUUCAUGAACAUCAUCUUCAUGCACUCCAUUCCAUGCUCAGUGUCAAUGAGGUCUAUCUUUCACGGCACGAUUGCCUCACAGCGUAUAUGGUCACUCUGCUGAAUCGUUCUAUGCCUAAGCCCAUUCGCAUGGUCACGAAUGUCGCUAAUUUUCGGCGUGUCGAAGCUCAUUAUAUUGCAAACAAUGUCGCAGGGAAUGCUAUCCAGAAUAUCUCGACUGCGACCCUCCCAUCCCAUAUGCGAGGUAUUGCCAUUGCUGUGCGGGAAUCAAUCGUUCGGUGCCGUGACCAGAUAUUUCUCGAGGAUUGGAUGGCUGUGACAAGCGAUAUCAUGCUAGCAACUGCCAAUGCUGGGAAAUAUUUUCUCUUUGCUUCACGUCCUAACGUGAUGACAAUUAAUUCUAAUAUCGCGAUUGACUGGUGUGACGCUCACUUCGGUUUCCCUGAUUCUUCCAGUUUUUUCACAACUGGGAGUUCGAUGUUCUAUUUUCGGCCCUUCAAAUCGAACCCUGCGCUACUAUGCGAUGGCACUUGGCGAUCCCGAAAAGGCUCCGUAGACGUUUCCAUGGGCGUUCCGAGAGAUCUGAAGACCAAGCUUGUAGAUCGCCUAGCGUUGGAUUUUGAGACAAUCCUUUAUCGGUCACCAAGGGACACUAGCGAGCUGCAAAUGGAUGCCGAUGCCUACGGUAAUUCGGUUUGCGUCGGCAAGACUCCGGGCACGUCUCACAACACAACAGCGCGUUGUAAAAAAUCGUGA